ACAGUACUGGUGUGAAUGAAUCUCAAGUGCCUGAAUCAGGCUCAUCAACGAAGCCAGGUUCUGAGGCAAAGACAACACCAUAUAUUUCUCCAGUUACCAAGACAACUUCAGUCACAGAAUCCGUCCGCGGCACACGUAAGGAAGACGCAGGAACAGAUGGAAUUUACAGUCGAUCUGGUGUUUUGAUUGGGAUUGGAGCGGGAUGUGCACUUGUGCUUGGAAUCUUUAUCAUUUUUCUUGUUGUAGCGUGCAAGCGACGGGAAUCGAACAACGAACAGCAAGUAGCAAAGCCAGCAG